CCUUGCUUGGUAGGAGAACGAAUAUUGUUUUGCAGCUCCAAAACACCACCCAGACAGCACAUGCCAAGGUGAAACGUACUUCUUCCACUGCACUCGAUCAACCAGCAGAGCACCCACCACCGAUCGGUCUCCUUCCAAGGCGCAAAACAAGAAGCCCACGGCUCCGCACCUUUGGAACCAGCACGACACGGCAAAGCACGCAACAACGCAUCGCAUCGCAUCCCAAGCAAAACCAAACCAAACCAACGCAGCAACAGCAACAGCAACAGCAACAGCAACAGCAACAGCAAGAACAUUAGCGACAGCAACCAUGUCCUGGCAAUCCGGUUGGGUCUCGGACAACCGCGGCGGUUUUCGUCGCAUUCGACCGGAGGACAACGGGGACGACAUGGAAGAAUCCGGGGAGGUCCCCGAACGAAACAACAUUGGCGGUGGCGCGGGGGGUCGCAACCCCAUCGGCCCACACGCCGGCAACAACAACAGCGGCAACGGCAACAACGGCGGCAACAACAAUCCCCACAAGUCCGACUACAACAACCGGAGGGGAAACGGCGGUCCCGGUCCGUUUCCCUCGGCGUCCCCGCCCCCGCACGACUUUCGGGGACGAGGGGGCGGGAGGUUCGGAGGCCGGGGCGGUCGGGGAGACGGCAGGUUCGGAGGCCGGGGCCGCUUUGGAGGCCGCGGGAGAUUCGGUGGCCGCGGACGGUUUGGCGGGAGGGGGAACCCGCACCUCAACGACGGCCCGUCGCACUACGGCCGGGACUUUCGCGAAGGCAAACCGGGGGACCACCACCCGCCGCUGCCGAGGGAUUUUGGAGGCGUCGCCCAGGGUGGCGGCGAGGACAUGGGAAAACCCAAGCACGGCCGGGACGGAAACGGAGAGCCCCCCUUCCGCAAGCCCAUGGGAUCCCCCGGUCCCAGCCGCGGCUUUCGCGGGGGGCGGGGGCCUCCCCCGCCGCCACCGAUGGGCGGUCCGCAAGACCGGGACCGAGACGGGGACGGCAGGGGCCUGAUCAAGAGGGAACCCUCCUGGGCCUCGGAGGCCAACGGGCCGCCCCGGGGGGGCUUUCGCCGGAACCGCUCCUUCACCAACGAUGGGGACGAUCUAGGGCCCCACGGCGGCGGGAGCAACGGCGGCGGCAUGGCCGGCCUUCGUCUCGGAUCCAGAGAUGGUUCGUUCGGCGGUCCCCCACCGCCGGGCGGUCCGGGUGGGAGGGAGCCGCCACCCUUUGGGAGGGAUCGAGACGGCGGUCCGAGAGACAGGGACGGCCACGGCUUCCGCGACGGGCACCCGAAAGCCAAGGCCUCGCCGCAGCCCUUUGGCAAGAGCAAGCUUCCCUCCUUCGGACGCGGGGUGGACCUGCCACCACCCCCGUCGCUUCAUUCGGAGGGCGGCGGCCGAGAUCGGGACCACAACGCCAUGCCCAAGAGGGACAUGGACGACGCCGGUGGAAACAAGGGAAAUCCAAGCGGGAACAACGAAGACAGGAUCCGGCCGCCACCCGAUAGGGAUCGGGGAAGGGACCUCUCGUUGUCCUCGUCGUACCAGGGAAGGCCGCCAACUCGAGAACCCCUGUCCAUCGGGCCCGGCGGACCGCACGGUGGUCUUCCCAAACGAGGAUUGCUGGGAAGAGAGGGAGGAAGAGACCCCAUGCCGGGAGCCGAUGCAGGGGGGAACAUGAUCGAGAACCAAGAGGGUUCGCAAGGGACGGGAUUCCCUUCUUCUGCCCCGUCGCUCGGUGGAGGAGCGCCUUCGAGGCCCACGGAUCCCAGGAGAAGGGGGCCCCUCCCCCCGAGUGGCCUGCCCGGAGACGGUAUGUCUGGCUCGGUCGGGCCCGGCAACGAUAUCGGGUCUCAACCCGGAGGACCUCCGAACCUAAACCCUCCGUCCCGUCGCCUCGGCUCGUAUAGCAGCUUGGCGGACUCCGCUAUGCGACCGGGAUCGAAGGGACCCGACAACAACAUGUGCAUACCUCCCAGUCGGUCCAUGGGUAGCUUUCGUACGUCCCUAGGCCCUGGUGGGUUGCGUCGGACACACAGCGACUCUACGUUUCGCAACGAUCGUGAUCGAGACCGCGAUCGCGAUCGCCCAGACUAUCACUCGAGCAACGCACCUGGCAAGCCGUGGUCGUCGAAAAUGGAUCGGGGUGGCUCGUUAAACGCCGGGAACACAAACAACUCUAUGAAAAAAACGAAUGCGAGCCAGCAGCUACAGAAUAGCAGCAUGGGCGGCGACUUACAGCGGUCUUCUUCCCAGCAAAUGUCGAGCUCUAGCCAAUCUUCCCAGGCCUGGAACUGGGACCCUCGCCUGAAACGCACGGAUGGUUCGAUUCCAAACAACAACGCCGGCUCGGAUUCCACGCACCAUCGUCAGGAAACCUCCGGAUCUUCCGAACCACCAGCUUCGGGUGGCCACAACAGACCGAACCCACAGGCACAUCCCGUAGAUCCUUUCGGCAGGAGUCGGGGCUGGGGUCAGGCGAACCGGCAAAUCCGAAGGACGGUUUCCGCCGGCGAUAACCUUCGCAGCUCGGCUUCUUCCCAGGCGCCGCUGGGCACGAAUUCCACCAACAACGCAACAAGCGCUGCAGCGAAGCCCAGUGUGGAACCCGAGCCGUGUGCGCCGCUGUCGGUUUCGUCACUCGGCAAUUCAGAAGUUGUAAAACGUGCCGAAACCGUUUUGUCGCAUCUUCGGGAGGUCGUGCCCGCCAUGAAAACCAAAACCGGUGCGAACGAAUUACCAUCGAAAAACGACAUAAUGAAGGCAAUGUCAGAGAUCGACAAACUCGUAAAAAGUACAGAGUCAGAAGCUGCUGAUGCGGGACAGGAAAUCAUAAAGACAAAGGAGGAGGAGGAAGCAAAAAAAAUCCAGGAAUCCACAUUGUUGGAGGAAAAGAAAAACCAAAGAGAGCUGAAAAUCAAGGAGCGAAAGGAGGAGCGGAGAAAAGAAGAGGAACACUCGAAGAUCUUGGCAGAACAAGAGGCCGAGGAUCAAAGUGAAAUACGAUACCAAGCGGAAUUGAAAAAGCGCAAAGCUAGUUUGGACGAGGAACUCACGAAGGCGAAGGAGGCAAAGAAGGUUUUGUUGGACCAAGAAUUGGGAGUCAAAAUAAAGGAGGCUUCCGGAGCAAUGGACGAGAGCAUUGAUACAGCUCGCUCUGAUAUGGAUAGAUCCAAACUGGCAGCCAAGGAUAUAAACAAGAAAUUAGCGAAAGCAGAAAAGCAAUACAAAUUGAUCACCGAGAAUGAAAAGAAAAAGAAGCAAAAACAGAAAAAGAAGAAGGUGGCAAAAAGAGAAAGCAUUCCGCUGGAGGAUAUUGUAAAUUCGAUUUCUUUGGAAAAUAAAAGAAAAGCGAAAGAAGCACAUGCUCUAUCACUUUCUAUUGCUAAUCCACAAUUUGGUACGAGCACUUAUAACUUCCAAUCAUCAAUCCUGCAAAAUGCACCACACGAAGCAAUAGAUCCAAAAUACAAGAAGACGUACGAAGAAUGGGCAAUCAUGGCGAAUCAGGUAACUGGACUUUCCAAUAGCUUAUACUCGGAGCCGUCAGAAACGCCAUACUACGAGCAAAAUGAAAAAACACAUGCAUCUAUUGGUCCGUUGGUGAAGGAAUUUGUACGCGACAAACAAAAACGGUUGAACAAACAAUGGUUAAUGCUUGCCGAGGAAUAUGAAGUUAGAAAACGCCUCUACGAGAAACAACAAAGGAAGCUUGCAAAGAGAGCACAAAGAGUUUCAGUCACCUCACGCAAAUCUAUAUUGGGUGGUAAAAAAGAGAAAGAAAAACCCAGUGACAAGGGAUCCAAGCCCAUCGAAUCUGGUGGUAGAUCGUCCAAUAACCCUUAUAGAAGAGCCCGUCGUGGAAACGAAGUUCGAUCAGAAUACGAGCAGGAGCAAAUAAUUGCUGAAAUUGCUGCGAGGGAGGCCAUGGAAAAACGAAUCACUCACGGAGGUUCGAAAUUGCCCCGCCAAGUUAUCCCGUUGGAAAGAGUAAGUGCUGUGAUGGGAUGCCGAGCCAAAAUUGAAUUCACGGAGAAGCAAAAUUCUGAUAAGUUUUUUUCUGUUGUUAUCUUCCGCAGGAAUUGACCGCCACCUACGUAAAUACAUUCACGUCUCGUAGAAUAGAUGAUCCAUUUCGAGAAGCUGAAGAUGAAAAGUUGACAAAUAUAUGGACCGAUAUGGAAAAGUGCGUAUUCCUUGACCGAUUCCUUCAAUUUCCAAAAGAUUUCCGGAGAAUUGCAUCUUUUCUGAAGAAUAAAACUACGAAGGACUGCAUUGCAUUUUAUUAUGAUUCAAAACAAACCGUACCUUACAAGGGGGCCUUAAAGGAGCACAUGAUGCGAAGGAAAAGAAAAGGAGAUUAUCAGGUAUGGGAUGCUUCGAUUCAGGCUUCAAUUUCGGUAGGAGCUCGAAUUACUGCGGGUGUAAACAAGGAAAAGCCCAUCAAUUUUACUGUUCCUCAAAACGACCUGACGUAUAACACAAGACUGCUUCAUCCCUUACAACGUGAAGUAUUGGACUCGAUGGAGAUUGACAAAGCAGUGGCCGCAGAACACGAUGACGCUGAUCGCUCCGAAGACUCGAGAUGGAAAUCACGCAAGAGAGGUAGAGAUCCACUUUUCUCUCUUGAUAAAAAACAUAUGAAGUUUCUUCGUGAGUCCUCUCAAGACUCGAUGGCCAUCCAACGUAACAAGACUAAAGAUGAAAUCAAGCCUGAAACUUUGCGCGAAGAAAUCGGGGAGUUGGAUUCGGAUGCUGUCGCCUCGGCCCCAAGUAGGAAAGCACCAGAAAAGUGGACAGCGGCGGAGAAAGAAAUCUUUUUAGCGACUUUGGAAGAGCAUGGUAAGUAUUUUUUUGUGAAAAGAAGUCGUUUUAUUUUUUCGUUGAGAAACCCUUACAUCUUUUCACUCCCUCAUCACAGGCAAAAAUUGGGCGACACUGUCGAGAGCCGUCGGCACAAAAACUGAGUCUCAAAUUAAGAAUUUUUAUUACGAUUACAAGAAGAAAAAGACUGGAAAGUCAAGCGCAAAAUCUGAGAAGAAAAGUGGAGCAAAACAAGGUGACAGCAAUGCCCAAAAAUCAAAAACCAACGACCCUGUACGGAAAAAAGGUAAAAAUCAGAAUGAUGAAGCAAUGAAGAGAGGAAGGACGCCUCCGCCUCCCGCAACGCAACUAGCUCACCAAACGACCGCAUCGAAUCACCGAUUGCUAGCUUCCUCGCAAACUGCUGCAUCUACCCAACCAUCAACACAAGAAGCAAAUACAGCAGUGGAACAAGACGCCAUAGGUCAGCAUGAAACGAUGCCACCACAAUCAAUGGUGGAAAAUCUUAUGGCUGAACAACAUGGUCAGAACCGAGUGCAGGAUUCCAUCAUACGGGAUGCAGAAAAUACUUUGUCGUCUAGAAGUGGAAGUCCUCCGGUUCCGAGGAGUGACCUYGCAGAGAUGAUAGCAUCUCGUUCUGGAGAGUUUCCCGGAAAGACAAAUGCCGAGAUAAUGCAACUUUUAGAACAGCAUACACAGUAUCAGCGUCUGGAACUUCAGCUUCUCCAGCACCAAGAACAGCAACGUCAUCAUCAGCAGCAGCAACAGCAUCAUCAUCCAGCUCCGUCUGCCUUGCACCAAAUUCUCAGUCGACAUCAACAUCAAAUCGAACAGCAACACCAUGCGUCACAACAAUCCCACGAGGAUGCGCGAAGAAUACUAGGACAACAGUCUCAGCAGCAAUCAAUGCCAGGUUURUUUCAGGCUUGGUCUCCUGCAUCCCAGCUUCUACAUCAAGCUCAAGCUCAGAAUCGUAUGCACCAUGCUCGGUUACCUGCUGCAUUUCAGCAGGAUGGCGGCGGAGCAGGUUCACACGAGAGUGGAGCAAAGUCUGAUGCACCAGCUGACCUUGCUGCUAUACAGCGAAUCUUACAAAURCAGCAGCUCAGACAGAAUCCCAUGCUUGCAUUGGGGCAAUCCAAUCACGGCAGCCAGUUGAGUUCUUUGAUUGGGCUCAAUGCUGCUCCUGGACCAGGACUAGCUCAGGGUCUACUUGCUUUGGAAAGUCUCAGUAAUGCAAAUAGAAAUCAACCGCAAGCUGAUCAACAGGCGAUUAUGAAUGCUCAAUCUCUGUUGGGAUAUGCUGGUAGUGGGGGAAGCAACGGUGGAGGUAGUAUUAGAAGCGGAGGAGUGCAGGGAAAUCCCCUCUACCAUCACAGUAACAGUGGAGGUGGAAACCCAGGCUCGACUGAGGGCACGCACUCUUCACACGAUGUAUCAAAUGCGCUCGCACUGUUGCGUGCCAUGCAAAGAGAAGGUGGAAAUAGUCAACAUGGUUUUGGUGGGCCGAAUCUUCAAGGUUAGGACAACAAUUCAAAAUAAAACCUGCAGAUAUAUUUUUUGCUUUAUUAAGAUGAAGAAAGAAUCAGAUGAAUAGUCAACUCACUUGUUUGUGGACGUCAAGUCAGCCAAACACUUCCGCGCUUUCAUAGAAAUCUUUGUACCAAACAAGUUUUUCUUAAAUUUUUGCUACUACCUAUAUUUGAAUACUAGCCAAGCACCAUGAUUAUGUGUGGCUUGUUGCCUCCAUUCUGAUGAUCAGAGUUCAGUGACCAUACAACCCACCGCCAACGACAUUUUUGAUAUCUCUGCUGGUUUGUUUUCCACCUCCAAAGUAUCUGAAAGCAGAGGCGUGCACGCUUGAGUUCCAGGUUCCAGAGGAAACAGAUAAAGUAAUUGAUAAUGGUAAAACGUACCCGGGUACGGAUACCAAGGUAGGUACGUACUACCUAAUGGUACCUCGCGUCAAAUAGUGUGACGGAGGACGGACAGACAACCGCGUAACACAUCGGAGAGUAAAUGGGAGCCCUCCAAUAAAUCUUUUCAAAACAA